AUAAGCUUCGUAUCGCUCACCCUCUCUCCACCCUCCUCCCUCGGCCCAAAAAGCUUCCGUGAAUGGCUGCGUCCACCGGUAACCUCAUCCAAUUCCCCUUCGCCAAAACCCUCCCCAUUCCCUCCCUCCGCCCUUCUCCUCGAUACCCACCCCAUCUCCCAACCCCUUCUCGCCGCCCCCUCCACCUCUCCUCCUCCCGCCGGCUCUUCGCUGCCUCCGCGUAUGGUUCCGGCGGCCAGGUCGACCCGGCCGUGGCGGCCGUCGUUGACCCCGCCCUCCACAACGCGAACGUGCUCUUCUUCGGGUCCGGCUACAACGUCCAGAUCGUGGUGGACGAGGGCGAGUCGGAGGAGGCCCUCUUGAGGCGGUUCCGCAGGGAGGUGUCGAAAGCCGGGGUCAUCCAGGAGUGCAAGCGGAGGAGGUUCUUUGAGAACAAGCAGGAGGAGAAGAAGAGGAAGGCCCGUGAGGCCAGCAGAAGGAACCGCAGGAGGAGAUCAGGGCCCAGAUUCUCAUCUUCAUCGUCAUCAGGAGAUAAUGAUUCUGCUCCAAAGCAGUCCAGGGAUGACUUAGAUGACAACUGGGAGAUGCCAGAGGGUGAUCUUCCUUACUGAAAUAUGUAAACCUCCUGUGUUAAUUCUUGAUGCAUUUUCGUCAGUCCACUACUUGGAUUCUUACGGGGCAUACAGACUGAAUUCUCUUUAAAUAGCCUCUUCUUCAUGAAAGAGACAAUGGGAUGAAAAGUAGUUUUUUUGGAAUCUCUUAAGUGUUUGAUGAGGUUCAAGUCAUGGAGCUGUAUUUAUACUUGAAUUUGAUUAAGGUGCUGUCUCAGCAUUUGUAUCUUCAA